AUGGAUACGGUGAAGGAAUAUUUAGGAUACAUCAAUCCUCAUUGGAUAGCAGUGGUAGUAACAGGAAUGUACACUCAUCUUCGACAAAUUUGCAUAAUUGGCUUGUGUUUCGAGGAAGACAACGGCCUUCCUUUCGAUCCUUCCUAUGCGUCCGUCCUUUUCACAUUUUCGGCUCUGUGCCUCCUAGCGGAAUAUAAACUUUGGCCUAGAACGCUCAAAGAUCCACCGAUUCAACUUCUUUAUAUUUACGAAAUGUUAGUUGCAGCAUUGAUCACCAAUUUAGUCACACGAGCCGUUUGGGUGCCACUUAUGCAUGUCAUUUAUUGUUUAACUCAAGAAUCCAGUAAAUGUUUAUUAUGGCUAAAUACGGUAUUAGGUCAGAGUCGUUAUUCGCUUUUGAACGAGUUCGCAUACUACAUGGCUAAAGACUGUGCCGCGACACAUAUGGCCUUUUGCAUGUCGGUUUUGUCAUUCGUUUGGAUGCUGGACGCCACCGAGUCUUUGGACGCGAUUUUAGACACUUGGGCCAAGUAG